UGCUGCAACCCCUGAAUUUUGACGUAACAGGUUUUGACUUUUGCCAAUCUAAAUCAAGUUUUUAAAUUUCUUUAUUUUCAAAAUAGAGAAUAAAAUGAAGAAAAUCAAACCCAGAUAACAUUCCACCAUGCAGAAACUACAACUAACCCUGGCUAUCAUCAAGCCACACGCUGUAAAAAAUCCCGUAGCUCUUUCUUUCAUUAGGAACGUAAUAAAAACUAAAUUUAUAGUCAUAAAAACUAAACGGGUCUCUUUGGAUAAGGAAGCAGCUGGUAAAUUCUACAGCGAACAUGUUGGCAAGUUCUUCUAUAAUCGGCUGGUGACGUUCAUGACGAGUGGUAGUGUGGAUCUGCACAUAAUGGGCCACUCCAACGCCAUAGAGCUGUGGCGCUGCAUGCUGGGGCCCACCAGCGUGUACAAGGCGCAGUUCCAGCAGCCCUACUGUCUCCGGGGCAUGUUCGGUAUCUCCGACACCAGGAAUGUUGCUCAUGGCUCAGAUUCUCCACCGUCAGCAGAGCGAGAGAUCAAGUUCUUCUUCCCCGAGUUCUCCUUCUACCAAUGGCACAAUGGACACGAGGUGCUGUACAGGAAAGGACCCAUCAUCUUCAACGAUCAUCUGUUUGAACAUGUCAGGAAACUCUAACCAGUUUUGUAAAGGGCAGUGGUGACAUAGAAAUUGAUUACCGCUGGCUUAUGAAAUAAAACUAUGAAAACGGAUUAUAUCGCGUAUAUUGAAUUUAUAAUACAUCCCGACGUGACGUGACUCACCCGUCGACCACGAACGCUGUAAAGGGUUCGAAACGUCGGGAUGUAUUAUAAAUUAAAUAUACGCGAUAUAAUCCGUUUUCAUAGUUUUAUUUCAUGAGUAACUAUCGCGGUAACCGAAGACAAUAUUACCACUGGCUUACCUGUUUUCAAUCACUUGAAUUCCUUUUAGGGCGUCGCUAGCUGGCGCGGACGCGUGCGGCGGAUUUUACCUACAACGGCACCCUUAGGCUGCGUUUCCAGCAGAAAACCAAUAGAAUGAAUCCAUUACCUGAGCGUUUCUUAAAAAAAAUGCCACAUUAAUUUUGUACUUUUUCAUAAAUCUUGAACUAUUUCUACUCAGAAUCACGAGCUCUUUCGAUCCUAAUGGGAUACAAAAAUGUCCCAAGGUUUUUUUCCUAUUGUGUUACCAUUUCCCCAUAUACUUUGUAUGGCGGUAACAAAAGUUUGAAAAAUGUAUGGAUUGGGACCUUUUUUUCCUAUAAGGAUGAAAAGAAUUUGUGAUCCUGACUAGAAAUAACACAAAAGUGGCAAAAAAGGUCACAUAAAAAAUGGCAAAAAAAAUUAAACACCUAAUCGCGCUCAGCGCCGCUGUAGUGGACGAUAUUCUAUUGUUUCUUAACAUCUCUCGCUACGCAUCAUCGCACAUCAUCUCUGGUGGAAACGCAGCCUUACUAUGGCUUAUGAACAAAAGGAAAUCUAAAUUAGCUUUGGUUUUCCUUAGAAAAUUUUUGAUACACCUCCAAUGGUAGAGAGUAAGUCAGGAAAAAUCAAACCAGUGAAGCAUGUAGUACUAAUAUAGAGGCGUAAUAUGUGACGUUUUCAAGUAAAAGGACCUUACCAUAAGGACGAAAUUUGCUAGUAUUUUUAUACGAAUAACGUGUCAGAGCGUCCUUAUGGCAAACGAUAAAGUGGUGCCUUUUGUUUGAAGACGACACAUAUAGCGCCAUUCGCGGUUACAAUAUUGUGCCACUUAUCCGUAUUAUUAUUCUAUAGCCAAUAAUCUACAAUGAAAUAAGCCAUAAAUUUCAUUCACUUCAUUUGGGGCAUUUUCUAUGAAAAGGGACCUUAUUGUCGAUGGCGCUUACGCCGCACAGCGUCGCGCGGCAUUGUAUUUACAUCGGAGCAUCGUUUAUAAUGGCGUAGGCGCCAUCGACAAUUAGGUCCCUUUUUAUAGAAAAUACCACAUUUUCUCACUAUAUAGGUAGAUAUUUUUUUGGGGAAUGAUCCCAAAGUACAAAUAAAUAUCUAUUUUAUUAUUUCACAAAUAGCUAAACUACCAAAGCAAAUACCUGUUUUAGUAUUCAUGAUUAUAAUAUAAUAGUUAUUUACGAUAUAAGUGCGAAAAAUAGGAAAUGCGCAACGAGUGGCGAAUUACCUAUUCGCAUGUGUAUCGUACGUUUUACACUACAUGGGCCUUUAAAUUUUCGAAGUAGUUUCGUAAAGUGCUUAUUAUAGCACAGGGUGUGGUAAUGGAGCACCAGGUGUACUGUAAAUGAUAUAAUUUAUCAGUAAGCUAGUCAACAGAUUAAAUAAAUUUUCGUUGCAAAAAUUAAA